CAUCACGUUUGUAAAAUCAACAAAAUGCAAACGUUAUAAAUAAACGUUAUGAAGUUUAAUUAAACGGAAAUAUUUUUAAAUCUCAGUAUAAACGUUGCUGUUUAUCUAGUCAUCAGGAUUUCUUAGAAAGUUUUUUAACGAAGUAAGUGUAUAUAUUGGAGGGUUAAAUGCAUUUGAGCCAAUGUCUCAUUGUGUCUUAAUAUUUAUUCAUAAUUCAGUACAGAAGGAUUGUGAAGAUGCGUACCUUAAAGUUAAUGUUAUGUGCUAUAUUUGUGCAGGCUGUUUGGUGUGUACCAAAAUCGAGCAUUACUGACUCUAUAUACCAAGUGUUGUCAUCAAAGAUUGACACCAUCAAUUUAGAAUUGGCUGUAAUUAGGAACGAACAAGUACAAACUAAACAAGAUCUUAUUCAGGCAAAAACUGAGCUCAAAAGAAUAGAAGCAGAUCAGAGCUUUGAUGUGCCAAACAACACUGCUGGGGAAAGUCUGUUUGACGCACUGGGGAACGCAAGCACAAGUGAUGUCAUAAAUUACCUUCGGAAGGCAUUCCAGAGCGAAAAGGCGCACCACAAACAAGCCCUGGGUCAAAUUAAAGCUGAUGUAGCGUUUAUGUGGUCGGAUUUAAACACCCUGAAAGCAACAGUUGCAACACUCAAUGAUACACAAGGAAAUCUCACUCGUGAUGUUUUUGAAGUAGGGAGGGACGUUGAAUACGAUAUUAAGACAGUAAAUGACACAUUGGCAAGAAUCCACUCAAUGGCUGAAUGGCUAGAUACGAGCUUCACUUCUUUAAAUGGCACUCAGCAACAGACAAACGAAACCGUGUCACUACUGAACAAUGAUGUGAACUUACUGAAAUCUAGCUUGAUGAACACUUCACAACAAGAAGAGAUGACGAAUUUGAGAGAAACUGUCUCAGAAAUCCAAACUUCACUUGAGGAGAAAUGUCAGUCUGGAGAAAUUGGACCUCUCGUGCGUCCACUUUACCCAGUGACACUGACCAUCAACUUCCGGCCAGCCUUUAACAGUAAACCGGCUAUAGUUUAUGGACUGAAAGUCUUGGACUCUGCCCACAAUACGAAUGUCCGUGUUGAUGGACAUAUCACGGAGAUGACCAGUGCAUUUUUUAAGUUUAAGAUCAGGUCAUGGGCAGAUACCGUUAUGUAUGGCGCCAAAUUUUCGUGGAUGGCAUGUCCCAAAACAGACACAUAACUUGAUGAGUGUGAUGUUCACUCAUCAGUUUAGAAUGCACUUCAUCGAUAUCUGUAAGCAGACCCAUAUAUGGACCGUGAACUUCAAUGUUUCGAACAGUGAAUAGUUGCAUACAUGUAUGCAUUUUUUGUUCAUUAUCCAUCAAUAUAAAUGUCAAUUAAAUUUGUGUUUCUGUCUAUACUGUCAUAAAUUUUUGUAAUACGACUUUAAGUAUAUUAUAUGUGUUUCUGGUGCGACCGACAACUCCGUCGAGGCAAUGCAUUGAAACCGUUAACGAUUCGAUUCCAAGCAAACCUAUGAUAUUUAAAAUUAUUAAAUCAUUUGAGAAGCUGCCAUUUCAAAUAGCGCCUCUUUAUUAAUUUAAAAUGUAUUGUCUUCAUAAUAACAAGCAUUUAGCGUGUGGAUUUUAUAAUUUAAUGUUUAUUAAGAAGUUGCAAGUUAUGACUCAAAAAUGUUUUAGCGAAUACUAAAUUUCAAUAAAAAAAUUUAAGCUAGAACAGCCUGCGGAUAUUUUGUGAUGAUAAAGCAUUUUCGAUAUUGAUCAAUGUUGUUUUUUAUUCGGUUGUAAUAGCACAUACUUU